UUAGAAUCCGGCUCAAAUAGUUAGCCAGGAAAGGAAGAGACGGACAGGGAGAGAAGCAAAGAAACAUGCUAUCAUCUCCAGUAACUAGUACGCAAAACCCUAAACUAUGGACACCCAACACAUUUUCCUCUUUACAGUCCUUUAGAACCACUAGUACUACAUUUAUCCACACUAUUUCUGCACCCAGAAGACUCUCUACCAACACCAACCGCGCCGUUAAAUGCCGUCAAUCCGAGUUCUACGACCAGCAGCAGCAGCAGCAGCAGAAGUACAACCCCUCUCGGCCGUCCUCAAACGAUUCUUCUUUUGCAUCGCAGUCACCAGCUGCUGUGCCUAGGGUUUAUGUAGGCCAUUCAAUAUACAAAGGGAAGGCUGCUCUUACUGUUGAACCUAGAGCACCUGAAUUUGCUGCAUUGGAUUCAGGGGCUUUCAAAGUAGCUAGGGAAGGUUUUGUGCUGUUACAGUUUGCUCCUGCAGCUGGUGUACGCCAAUACGACUGGAGUCGAAAGCAGGUGUUCUCAUUAUCAGUGACAGAAAUUGGAACUAUAAUAAGCCUUGGUGCUAGAGACUCCUGUGAAUUUUUCCAUGAUCCUAACAAGGGGAAAAGCGAUGAAGGUAAGAUCAGGAAGGUGUUGAAGGUAGAGCCACUUCCAGAUGGUUCAGGCCACUUCUUUAACCUCAGUGUACAAAACAAACCUAUGAACAUGGAUGAAAGCAUUUACAUUCCCGUUACCAAGGCCGAGUUUGCCGUCCUCAUAUCCGCAUUUAAUUACAUUCUGCCAUACCUGCUAGGCUGGCACACGUUUGCAAAUUCCAUUAAACCAGAUCUGAAUGGGCAUAUGAAUAAUGCGAAUCCAAGGUUCGGAGGAGACUAUGAAUGGAGCAGGUAGUGCGUGUAGCAAGGAUGAGUAGGACAGUGGUAGAGAUUGUUUAUUACAUUUUUCAUCGCUCCCCACCAAUUUAGCUUUGUAUUAAAUUAGUUAAUAGGAGAGUUCUCCUAGGAUUAAUUUUUUUGACAUUUUGGGUUCCCCCCUGUAUUUGUUGUGAAAAAUUUGGUAGAUGUGCUCCUUUGACAUCCAGUCCUGGGAUAAGUGGCUGUUUUCAUGAGUAUCAUUGACCAAUUUUGCAAGGCUUCUCUGCCAAACAAUGAAAUGAAAUAAGAGAUGCUCCUUUACAGGUCAA